CUCACAUGCACGUGAAAUUUCUGCCAGGUGAACUGACAUCAUAUCAUUAAGAGUAUAUAUAAGUAGAUGUGACAUUCAAAGUAUUGUUUGGAUUGCGGAUUUGACUGAGAGAGGUAAAAGCGAUACAGAGAUAAAAUGAACUGCAUUACAUCAUUAGUCUCAUUUUGUAUUUUGGUAUCCUUGGCAUCAGCCUCUUCUACACUUGAUGUGGAAUGUGGCGAUCCAAAAACUUCCACGUCAGCGGUCUUGACGUACUCUGGUGAUGCUGUAUCUAUAGUUGCUUAUGGCAAAAAUGACCCAUGUGAAUUUAUCGACAAUAUAAAAACCGGAACUCGCAUGAUAGAAAUCAGUUAUAAUCCUUCCGAUGCUUGUUCCUUUAUACAAGAGGUCCCUGGUACGCAGUCGUAUACUUUGAAGAUUGAAUCUAGAAUGCUACACGAGUUAUUUGAAUCUGGUAAUGAUGAAAAGUUUCUAGUCGAUUGUAAUUUUCAGUCCUUCAAAUCUGACAUCUCGGUUGAUGUUGACAUCCAAGAGAAAAUAAAGGCACCAGAAUACCAGCUUAUCUUAAGUGGAAAUGAGGCUUCAUCAGACUUUCAGAUAUAUGUUGCAAGAGCAGCUGAUAAUACGGAAUUAACUGGUCCGAUCAAACAAUCUGCUAUUGUUAAUUUACAUACCACGAUGACUGCUUCUGGUGGUGAAGCUGCGUACAUGCCGGUAGAAUGUACAGUAGAGUCAAAAGAUGGAACGGUCAAGGUUCAUAUUCUUGCUUCAGGUUGUGGUACUGGUUUUCCAUGGAAAACAAAUGAGGGAUUCACGAUGUCUGGUGUUGAGGGACAGAGUCCAAAUUUUAGAAUGUUCCGUAUAUCAAAAAUGUCUGAUUUGGUCUUCAAAUGUGGCUUUGUAAUUUGUGAUCAAAACUGUGACGGGUCAUCAUGUGUUGCAGAGGAACCACUAAGACGACGAAGAAGUAUAGCCGAAGGAUUAACAUACAAUUCCUUGGGUUUAAUCACAAGUAAUUCAACCAAGGUCAGAAGAGCUAGGGUUGCAGUAUCGUUGGAUGAAAAUCCAUCUGAUACCGGUGUGCAGACGGUGGAUAAAAGUUAUUUUUCCUCGGCAUAUACACUUAUUCUAUCAUCAUCGGCCGUAUUAUUAGUUAUAUUAGCGGUGGGUCUUUUGUGUGUAUCGCUCAGAAAAAGAAAAAUCAUUUAUACUAUUGACGAGGAAAUUACUUCGAUGUGAAUAAACAGUUGCACACAAUU